UGGGCACUUGAUAUUGUCGUUUGCGGUCGUCGUGAGGGGUUUAUUUCAUCUGAUCGGUUUGUCGAGCUUCUAACGGAACAAAUAUGUUCAUUUCGCGGUCGCCUUGGUACCAUAUUCGGCUACGACUGGAUAAAUCCGCCAUUAUUAUACACAAAGAUGAGGGAGGGGAGGAAGGGAAACAGCAGGUGUGAUGACGCCACGGUAGAUCCGCCAGAAGGGCCCAUCUUUUGUGGACUAGAAAUGUGUCAGAAGUUGUGA